GGCUGUUGUUUUUGUUUUGGUUAGGGCACAUUUGAUAGUCUGUACCUCUAAUAAAAUUAUUGUCCACAUUUGAUUUUUAAAAAAAUUUAUGCAAGAAUGGCAGAUGAGGUGUUGUUUGAUCUGUUGCAUUUAGAACUUAUAUGUACUUACGCUUCGUCUGCUGAUGAAUGCAAAGAAUUCGAUGUCUCCAAACUAGAAACUAUAGGAUUUUAUACCGGGUAUCGUUUGGUAGAAAGAUUAACCAGAGAAUGGCCCCGAUUCAAAGAUGAAUUGGAUAUAAUGAAAUUCAUAUGCAAGGACUUCUGGUCAAGUGUAUUCAAAAAAGAAAUUAAUAAUCUUCGUACUAAUAAUCAAGGUGUUUAUGUUCUUCAUGAUAACGCUUUCCGAUUUCUAACGAAAGUAACGAAUAGCAGUCAGUUUUUAAGUUCUACUCCUAAAUAUCUGGCAUUUACUUGUGGGCUUGUUCGAGGCGCUUUGAUGAAUUUAGGAAUAACAUCAGUUGUGACGGCUGAUGUUGCAACUCCACCAAGUUGUAAAUUCCAAGUAGUUGCUCAACGAAUGUGAUGAAUUUGAAAUCUUGUCUCCUUAUUGUCAUGUAAGAUUAAUAUGCGAAUUCUGUACAUAUAGAAAUAUAAUUGUAUAUAUUGAUACUUUUUGAAUACCUGUAAUUAUUAUUAUAAAAAUAAAUAUAAGAAUAAACUUA